AUGCCGUGCUCGUCGCCGGCCCCGACGUGGCUGCUGCGGGUGGCGUCAGCAGCGGCCGACCAGGCCUCGUCCUCGUCCUCGUCCAAGGGCGGCGGCCGCGUGCUCACGGCCGGCACCACCACCAUGGACACGGCCGCCACCACCGCUGCCGCCUGUGGCGGUGGGGGCUGCGGCGGGGGCAAUGCCGCCGACCUCCAGGAGAGCAGCAGCAGCGGGCAGUCCCGGCUCGCGGCGCGCGGCCACUGGCGCCCCGCCGAGGACGCCAAGCUCCGGGAGCUCGUCGCGCUCUACGGGCCCCAGAACUGGAACCUCAUCGCCGAGAAGCUCGACGGCAGAUCCGGGAAGAGCUGCCGCCUCCGGUGGUUCAACCAGCUGGACCCGCGGAUCAGCAAGCGGCCCUUCAGCGACGAGGAGGAGGAGCGGCUGAUGGCGGCGCACCGCUUCUACGGCAACAAGUGGGCCAUGAUCGCGCGGCUGUUCCCCGGGCGCACGGACAACGCCGUCAAGAACCACUGGCACGUCAUCAUGGCGCGCAAGUACCGCGAGCAGUCCACGGCGUACCGCCGCCGCAAGCUCAACCAGGCGGUCCAGCGGAAGCUCGAGGCCGCCUCCGCCGCGGUCGUCGCAACAAUGCCGCCGGGCGCGGGCAGCACGGGAGACGUCGUCGGCCACCACCACCUCCUGGCCGCCGCCGCCGCGGCCCACGCCCACGACGCCGCAUACAGCUUCGCCGCGGCGGACCCCUACGGCGCCUUCGGCUUCGGCCAAUACUGCAGCAGCUUCCCGUCGUUCCCGCCAGCUUCGGCCGAGGACCCGCCGCCGCCGCCUCCCUUCUGCUUGUUCCCUGGGCCCAGCAGCGCGGCGGCGCACGCCGACAGCAGGCGCCUGCUUCCCUGGCCGUCGUCGUCGGACGCUGCCGGCGGUGGCGCCGGCCGGUACGGGGAGCCGCAUCAGCCGCUCCUGCUGCCCGUUCACGGUGGCAGCUGGAUCGACUGCGUCGGCGUCGGCGUCGGCGUCGGCGUGGCUGGCGGCCACCACGAGGCGCAGUUCGUCUUGGGCAACAGCGGGGGCGCGGCCGCCGCCGCCUUUGAAGGGACGACGACAAGACAGCAGGGCGCCGGCGGCGCUCAUUUUGAAGCUGCCGCGGCGGCGCCGCGGCCAGCGUUCAUAGAUUUCCUCGGGGUCGGAGCCACAUGA